AUCUUUUCUUUAAGCAUAAGUACUUCAUUUUCUUCCUGAUUUUGGUUAGAUUUCUUCAGAGAUAGAGUUUGAUUGUAUAACUGCGGGUGACAUCUCAAUGUAAUAUACCAUCUUAGAGACUUUGGAUUUUGUAUUUAGACAGAGCCUUUAUUUGCAUCCAGAAGCAAGGAGCAAUCACACAAAAGCAUUGAUGAUAUGGAGGCCGCUAAAGGCAAGUAUUCUGUUUUAGUAUUCAAUGAUAUAUCAUGAGGUUGGUAUUUUAUGAAGUUGCCCAUUACACUGAGGGGGCUUUGUAAAAGUUUGCUGUCAUAAUGGGCGGUUGUGUAUCAAGACAUGGCGGCAAACAUAGAGUAAACAGGAAAUACUUUCGCAAAUAUGGGAAACGCCUUGGAAAGAUUUCCGCUUCGAUUCACAGUAUGCCCGUUAAACGGAUUAGUGAUGCUGGAAUAAAAGGUUUUUCUAUUAGCAAAUUUGUUCACCUCAACUUUGAGAAGAGUGGUGCAAACAGCCACAAGAUAGCUGAGAUGACUAAUAAGUCAUUUCAUGUCACCCAGAUGCAAUGGAACCACAGCCAAAUUGAUGCAACUGGAAUAUGCCAAGAAGAAGCAUGGUUUGACUCUGUUAGUAUUAUAGACUCUGAUUCAGAUGAUGACUUCAGUAGUGUUCUUGGAGAUACAUUUCCUUCAGUGGGUAACACAAUUGGGCAUAUUUCAAAUGCUCAACUGCUUCAAUAUGAAACUGCAUCGCGUUUUGUAGAUUCGGGAUCUAAGUUUGAGGAGUUUUAUGAAAGUUACCUUAAAACAGAUGGAAGUAAACCAGAUAAAUGCUUAAACAAAGAUGAAAGCAAAGGCAUGCAUGACUCUGGAGAGAAAAAUCAUGAAAAUAUAAUGAAAUCAACUGUUAUCAUGCUUUCUGUAAAGAGGAAAUCCUAUGAUAGAGAAGAACCAACUCAAUUUUGUCAAGCUGAAAGAUAUCUAUAUCGUCCCAGAGCAGGAUUUCUGAUUCCAUGUACAACAGUAGAGAAGUCAGAUUCAGGAUGCUGGUCUGAGGUUUCACCUUGUGUUUUUAAACUCCGUGGUGAGAAUUAUUUGAGAGAUAAACAGAAGCAUCCUGCUCCAAACUACAAUGCAUACAUACCAAUUGGUGUUGAUUUGUUUUCCUGCCCACGGAAGAUUGAUCACAUUGCGCAACACCUCGAACUUCCUCUUGUAAAAACACAUGAGAAAGUACCCUCACUCCUUAUUGUUAACAUACAGCUUCCUACUUAUCCUGUCACUAUGUUCCUUGGUGAAAGUGAUGGGGAAGGCAUGAGCCUUGUGUUAUACUUCAAACUAUCAGAGAAUUUUGACCGAGAGAUAUCUGUUUAUUUUCAGGACUCCAUCAAGAGAUUGGUUGAGGAUGAGAUGGAAAAGGUUAAAGGAUUCGCAAAGGAGUCCAUAGUUCCAUACAGAGAAAGGUUAAAAAUUUUGGUCGGUCUGGUCAAUCCAGAGGACCUUCCGUUGUCUUCCACAGAAAAAAAGCUUAUACAAGCUUACAAUAAUAAGCCGGUACUUGCACGCCCUCAACACAAUUUCUUUAAGGGAACCAAUUACUUUGAGAUUGACCUGGAUAUACACCGAUUCAGCUACAUAUCUAGGAAAGGUUUUGAAUCAUUCCGAGAUCGUUUGAAUCAAGGGAAACUUGAUUUGGGUUUAACUAUUCAGGCACAAAAGCCAGAGGAACUGCCAGAACAAGUGUUGUGCUGUGUGCAAUUAAACAACAUUGAUUUUAUAAAUCAUGGCCAAAUACCAACGCUUGUAACUCAAGGUUGAUUGAUUUAACGAUGCACAGCUGGAGAGAUGUAAUUUAGAGACAAAAAUCACCAUGUUCAUCAGAUGUAUACAAUUGAAAUAUCAAUGAAAAGGAAAUUCUUUUUUUUCUUUUAA